AAAAAAACAAAUUGAUCAAAAUGUUGAGUGUAUCACUAGUAUGUAUUGUCCUGGUCGCAGAAGCACUUGGUGCCCCAAUAGUGAGGAAAAAUGCACCACUAUUCUCUGUCGAUUACAGCAACUAUAAAGAGGGGGAUAAGCCUGAUAUAUACAAAGACUACUACGCGCCCACAGACGGGUGCUUCGGCGUAUAUAGGAAAGGAGGUAAUUGCGCCUCGAGCAAGCCCAACACUUGUUUCAUUCGCAAAGACCCUUCUAAUAGUGACGGAAAAGUGAUGGAGGUUACAGUCAAGGGUCAUACUUACGGAACUUCCAAGAGUUACUCCGGGAGCCAAUUCUACACACAUCAUCUGCGAGAAAUCUCGGUUCUCCUUGAGGCCACGCUUGAAUAUGAAGUCUACUUCCCUGAGGACUUUGAAUGGACAUUGGGCGGCAAAUUGCCAGGUAUGUACGGUGGCGAUAAGGAAUGUUCAGGAGAAAGGCCUUCCGACGGUACUAACUGCUUUUCUACCCGUUUAAUGUGGCGGGAAGACGGCGAGGGUGAGGCUUACAUGUAUAUCCCUGUUGAAGAGCAACAGUUCGAUGUACAGGACAAAUGUCAUAUGGGAGAUGACCCCACCCACUGUUCACUCAAUAGGGGCGUAUUGAAUUUCCAGGCCGGAAGUUGGAAUAAGUUGAAACAGAUCAUUACGCUAAAUACUGUCGGCGAUAAUGACGGCUGGUUUGAGCUAUAUCACAACAACAAGUUGGUUAUGAAGGAACGUAUAGUGUAUCGCACAACGGAAAAACUACGUUUAUCAGGCAUGUUCUUUUCGACCUUUUUCGGCGGAGAUAGUGAGGAAUACGCUCCUGAGCGCGAUCAAUAUUUGUCAUUCAAGAAUAUUGUUCUAUCGCCUGGACGCGCAUGAAAUUUACGUAAGAUCCAAGCAAUAAAUUUAUAUAACGU